AUGGCCCACAGUCUUACAGACGAAUGUACCCCUCUCAAGCUUGAGUACGACUCCUGUUUCAACUCUUGGUUCGAAGGGUACCUUGAGCCAGCUGUAUCUGCCUCUGCGUCUCCAGAUCAACGCGCGAAAUACUCCAAGGCGAAAGCUGAAGAGUAUGAGCGCAAGUGCGGCAAAAUAUGGGCCAGCUACCGUGACUGCGUGCAAAAAGCAGUGAAGGAACGAGGGCUAGAUGAAUUGCUGGAUCAGGCAAGAAAAGAAAAUCCUCUGACAGAUCCUCCUUCAACGACCCCGACCUCGACGGAAUCAUCGUCCACUUCACUCAGAUAG